GCAUUUGUUGUUGUUUCUUGUGUAACGAAAGACUCGCCUUAUCGUCCUCAUCCACAUAAUCUUGUGGGUAAAAUGAAAGAACUGUCUGAAGGAAUAUGCUACUUCAAAACUGUUCCAAAUCAAUCAGUCGUUGUUUUUCCGCAUCUUGGCAUACAAUGCAUUAAAAAAAAAGACAUUGAUCGAUCACUGACAGAAAGAGAACGACUGCAAGUGGAUCCAUUCAAAACUGGAUUUAGCCAUAAGCUACAGCCAGAGAAUAUUGAUUUAAAUUGUAUUAGACUAUGUUUUCAAGUUUUUUUGGAAGGACAAGAGAGCGGAAACUUCAAUAUCCCUUUGGAUCCUGUUGUUUCUAAUCCAAUUUACGACAAAAAAGGCACAGCUGAGUUAACGAUAUGUUGGCUUAGUCAUGCUUCCGCAUCGGUAGUUGGUGGUAAAGUUAUGUGUAUAUUAUGUGAAAAAAUAGCAAAGGAUGACGUGCAAGUGAGAUUUUUUCACGAAGAAAAUAGAUGGGAAGUAAUUGCAGAAUCAGUAUAUCCUCAUUAUCAUAAGCAAGUGGCCAUUAUAUUUAAAAGUCCGAAAUAUAUUGAACAAGACAUUGGCGAACCAAUAUCGGUACAAAUUCAGUUAAAACGGUUCUCCGAUGGAGAAACAAGCAAGCCAGUACCAUUUCAAUUUUUACCUGUAGAAGUUGACGAUCAAGAUAUGUUAAGAAAGAAGCGGCGGAAAUUUAAUGAGGCACCAAGAAAUUUAGUUUACAGACAUUUACAAGCAGAAGCUGCAAAAACUGAAACAAAAAAUUAUGAAAACGUGAGUAGUAAACCUACAAUGCCAGGAUAUUCUUUAUCAACGCCAUUGCUUUAUCCGUCGACGACCAACAAUUUAGACAUUUUUCGUGAGAAUAAUGCGGUUAUCGAUAAUUUAUCGGAUAAUCGACAGUCUUAUUAUAUAAAUCAACAAAUAAAUCAAAUUGAAGCACACAAAAGUGACUAUCCAAUUGGAAAUUCAGCUAAAGAAGAAACUUCAAAUUUAUAUAAUAAUAUGACAACCGUAAGGCAAAAAAUAAAUCCUAUAAAUGAUUAUGAUUUUGAAUUUCAGUCUCUCAAUCAAAUUAUUAACGAACCCCAGCUACAAAAUAAUACAAAUUAUGUAAAUGAAUUUUUAACAACUAUGAAUGGUGAAAAAUUAUCAAAUGACUUUUCUACCUUAAAAGAUUUAUAA